AUGAUCUGUAGACAGUGCCGGACAAGUUUGCUGUCGCGACUUGUUAUCCAGAGUCCGACGCCGGUGUCCACAUCAACAUGUUCCCGGGCGAUUCAGCGCGGUCAAUUGAGAAAUUACAGUCUGCCUGGACCUCCGCCAGCUCCCCGCCAGCCUGGACCCAGCGAAAAGCCCAUCACCAUCCCGUCCGCCAUAUCCUCCGCUUCGCCGGGUGUCUCGCAGCCGUUGAGCACGCCCGAGGGUGUCCAUGUCGAUGUGAACCCUGAAAAGCCCAAGAAGCCUGCAACUCAGCGCGAGCCAAGCAGCUGCCCCCCAGGAACCAAGCUACAGGGCCUCAAUUACUUUAAGAACAAGCCGGAUCUUUUCGCCUUGGAUGACUCGGAAUACCCCGAGUGGCUCUGGACCUUGCUGGACGACAAGAAGAACCAGUCGAAGACUGAUAUGGGCGGCGUCGAUGUUAGCACAUUGAACAAGAAACAACGAAAGCGUCACGAGAAGAAGAUGGCCGCUCUUGCGGCGUCGCUGCCCCGGAAGAUCCCUGUUCACGAACAGGCAACCGAUAUCACACCCGCUCCGUACAACAGGACCGAUGACAGCCAGAGGGAUAUUAUUGCUGAAGCCGCAGAGAGUCUGGAGAAGAGGUCAGAAAUCACGAAGAGUGCAAGGGCCGCCAGAAGGAAGGGCAUCAGGGAGGCUAACUUCCUGCGCGGACUGUGA